GCACGCUCGGCGCGCUCUGCGGGCGACUAAUAGGAUGAGACGGCGAGGGAAAAAGUGGAAGCCUUCCACUUCCCUGGAACUCUUGGGAGUCCGAGCCAUUUCUCUUGACCCUUUCCAUUCGGUGUCUCCUGUGUCCGUGGUUUCUUCCCGCUUUCCCAUCUUGAUCUCCACUCUGGUCUCCUUUCUAAAGUCUUGUUCUCGAAAUCUUCUGCGUUGUUGUCUAUAAAAUCAUUCAGAAGUUGCGCAGUCUACAGACGGUAUUUGCAAAGAAGCGUCUGCGGACCCACGCAAAUUUUUGCCUUCUGGAAAUCGUUGUCUUGUUUCCUCCGAGCAAAUCGAAAUCCCCUGAAGCGCGCGAAACCAGUGGUCAAUCGGUACGGCUAGUACGCUUCCGUCGGAACUCAGAGCCCCUCCCGUCCCGACGUCCUUCCCACCUCUGUGGCAGACUUCGAACUUCGCCGACUCCUCUGUGUCACCACCAUCGCUUCGGCUUCCGAUACCGUGUCUUGACAUCCUUCGUGCUGCACAUGAUAACAGCCUCACCGGUUGACGCCACGACUGUUCGAAUCACGGGCCUGGAUCACACAGCGUUUCGGGUAACGACCAGUCCGCACACGGCACUCGCCUCUUGCCAAACCUCGAGUAACCGACCGAACAACCGAACAACCGCACAACCAUGGAGUGUGCUUCCCCCUUUUCCUUCGCCGCCCAUGAUGACAACACCGAGGCUCGGGCCUCGGGCGCAGCCAAUGCCCCCGAAAGACCGGCCCUCCGGAAUCGCCGGAAAUCCCAGCUCAAUGCCCGGCGGAAGUCGUUUGUCAACAGUAUCGUGGAUGGCGAAGAGGCCUUGCUGCUCAAGAUGGAUGCCUUCCUCGUCGAGCUAGAGAGCCGGCUGGAGUACUGGGAGAACUAUGGAGAACUGACUCUCGACUCCUCGAUUGAGGUGGCCCUGUCUACGCUGCAGGCCGUACGAACAAGAUGUUCUCACGUUUCGGAGGAAGUGAUGGGUGCCGGACGCAGACGUCUCCAUGUUCUGGUCGAGACCCUAGAGACGAGCUAUCACGAAGCCAUGGCCGCCGCUGGAUCGCUGAACGAAAAGGCCAAGGUCGGCAUCGAUCUGCUGGACGGAUUGCUGGAAGAUUUGGAGACCCAGGCCGCCAAGCUUCGUGAGAAGGGACUGGCCAAUGCUGCCGAGAGUCUCAUGGGCGAGGGCAAGAGAGUUAUGGAGGAGGGUAUUGAGAGGGCCAUGCGUGCUGCCGAGAACCUUGAAGACCAUAUUCAGCGUGCCAUUAAUCAAGCGAGGGAGAAGGGCUUGAUCAGCUACGAGGAGCUCCCAAUCCCGUGGAGGAUUAAUCCCCAUAUUCAAAAAGGCUAUCGGUUUUCCGAAAACAAGCUGGCCUGCAUCAGGUCAGCUUUCACUUUCUCUAACGAGCUGAUCAACAUCUGGUCCCAUGCCAUAGGUCUCAUUCUCGUCCUGGCCGUUGCUUUCUACUUCUACCCGACCAGCAUCAACUUUUCGCAGAGCACCACGACCGAUAUCGUCAUCGCCGCCAUCUUCUUUUUCGCGGCUUGUCAAUGCCUGGCCUGCAGCGUCAUCUGGCAUACCAUGAACUCCGUCGCCGAUGUCAAUCUGAUCUCCAUGUUCGCCUGCGUCGACUACACCGGCAUCUCGCUUCUCAUCGCUGCUUCCAUCAUCACCACCGAAUACACGGCCUUCUACUGCGAGCCCGUUAGCCGGUGGGUCUACAUGAUCGCGACAGCUUUCCUUGGUGUCGGCGGUGUUAUCCUCCCGUGGCACCCUCGCUUUAACGGGCAGGAUAUGGCUUGGGUGAGAGUCGCUUUCUACAUCGGUCUUUCCGCCAGCGGUUUCCUACCCAUCUUCCAGAUCUGGCUCACCCGCGGUGGCAUGUCGGUGUGGGAGCACUACUCGCCUAUACUCGAGUCGCUCUUCGUCUACUUCCUCGGUGCUCUCGUCUACGCCAGCAAGGUCCCUGAAAGGUGGUGCCCCGGCAUGUUCGAUUACGUUGGCGGCAGCCACAACCUCUGGCACAUGGCUGUUCUCGGCGGCAUCCUGUUUCACUACAAUGCCAUGCAGGAGUUCUUUUCUAAUGCCUUCAGGCGCGCCCAGGAUGCUUGCCCCAUGUAUUAGGUCUGAUGACGGGGGAGAGAAAGGCCCCAUAAGUUUCCAUUGGGGUACCAUUAGAAUCCAGGUUCUUGCCGUUUUUUAGAACGAGAGCGGGCAUAUUUCCGAUCACAUAUCGCUACGUCAAUAAAGUCCAUCGCUACAACAAACGCUCCGCCCCGAAUCAUACAGAGACAGCGAGUGAAAACAAAGGACUGGGGAUGAUAGGCGCAUUCGCCAACACUCCAAGAACAUGACUAUCCUGAUACUAGGUUUCCCCCAUCUCGUCAUUCCGCCAUGACUCAGUCAACGUUGAACAGUCGACCAGUUCCAUGGAAUUCGCCAUGACGGUGGCAGAACGGCAACAUCUUGCCCAGCCUGGAUGGGGAGAUGAAGAAUAUCUUUGAGGCCAGGAAGCGGAAAAUCAGUAGAUGAAGGAAGUCGCAUAGAGCAUGGAGUAGCGCUAUAGACGAUGGUGAUUGUGUCUUGAAAGUAAUUUCUGUGCUGAAAAGCACGUACAAUAAAGAAAACGAGAGCAAAGGGAUAAAACGGGAACUGAAGAAUAAUAGGGCAACUGGUGCAUAACAACAGCAUUUAGGGCGCAGCGAUACAUGGUUUAAUUUAGAUUUUUAUACGAGUUUUGGUGUAUAUGUGAUGCCCGUGGCACAACGAAAGAACUGUAAUGAGAGUGUUAAUGCCAGUAGAUGAUCAAUCCUGCAUGUACACUAGACCGGUUCUAUUGGG